AAUAGAAAGUACAAACAGCCUUGGAUUGUACCGGUCUACAGUUCAAUCGUAUUUGUGCACGAUGUGCGAAGCGCGUUCGAAAAAUACGGAUCUCUUUCGCUGGCGAUGCAAUCGAAACAAUGAUUUGGUCGAUAAAUUUAAAGAAGAGCAGAACACAGCGGAGAACGAGUCAGAAAUCGCUCAAGACCAUUUUGCCCACUCUGCUGAACAAACGUUCGGCACAGAACUGUCAAUUAAAACCGAAGUUUCUUCUCCGGAUGCAACGAAGGAUGUGCACUUGAAUCAGAAGUGUUUUACUGUUCAUCAAGAAAAUAGUUAUGGCAAAAUACCUGAAGAUUUAUUCGAAGCAGAGGUAAACCCAAUUGUAAUUAAAUCAGAGUACGAAGAGGUCGAUGACCAGCAUCAGCUGCAAACAACGUAUGAUGUUCUGGAUCAUGAGCACACCUACCCUUAUUGUCCAUCAAAGUUCACUUCAUCUAACCUAAAGAAUACGGAUGCGCGCACCACUCGCAGGCAAUUCAUCAAAAUGGUUGAUAUUAUGGAAACUGAUCCCGAAAUUGCCAGAGCAAUCAAAAAAGGAGACCAAUCUGCGUUUUGGGACAACCUAGCUACGGAAUUGAAUGCAGUUGGGCCACCAAUAAAAACAACAGCUAUAUGGAAAAGGGUUUGGUUCGACUACAAAUGUGCCGUAAAAAAGAAGCUGAGGGCGAAAAGAGCAGCUUUAAUCGCUACUGGUGGAGGACCAAACACAACCAAACCGCUCAGCGAGCUGGAAGAAAGAGUGGUGACUUUGACCAGUCAGCAACGUACCAUCACCAGAAACAGAGUCGCAACCUUCGGAUACAACCCACAGGAGCCAAACGCGGAGCCAAACACGGAGCUAAACACGGAGGCAAACCAGGAUAUUGAGCAAAUGCAAAUCGAGGACGUCUCGAACGAACAAGCUGGUGUUCCGGUUAUGAGGAAAAGAAGACGUAAGAAUACGGAGAAGGUUCUUCGACAGAACCAAGAAUUGAUAGAUACUAUGAAACUUAAGAUUGAAUCGGAUGCAAAGCUUAUAAAAAGCCAAGAAGCGAUGGUGGAGGUUUUUACAAAAAAAAUUGAUUCAUGCAUUGAAGCAUUUACAACUGUAACAGCAGAGAUGAAGACGAAUACAUUGUUAUUGCAGAAUAUUAUUGAAAGUAUUAAGACAUAA